AAACGAUGGUGGUCCGCCAUCGACCCUAAUAGCACCUCUGAUAUCUCACUUCCUCUGAGAAGUCCCAAGGUCCGAUAUCAUGGUGACAACAUCAGGAUUCUCGCACGCACCGGUGUCGCGGUUCCUGAUCAUAACCACGAUCGGCAGCUCCAUCAUCACAUCGAUCCUCGACAUCAAACACCAGCUACCCAUCCGACCGACACCACACCUCUGGCCGUACUUACAACUGUCGCGAAUCCUUACUUUCCAACUAGCCUACACCUCAUCGACCGACCUAUUUUUCUCCACCGCCCUCCUAUACCAGUUCCGCGUGCUAGAACGGUUAUGGGGCAGUCGCAAGUACGCGAGCUUUGUCGCCGUCAUCUUCGCCGUCAAUGUCCUGUUACUCCCUUUCCUGACCGUCUUCCUCAAAGGUCUCACCUUUGGUCUCUGGAAUUAUCUCCCCGCGGGACUCACCGCCGUCGUCUUCGCCGCCCUUAGUCUCUGGUCGGACGAGGUGCCCCGCCUUUACAGAUAUAAGAUCCUUACGGGGAAGAUACCGUUGGCUACGGCGACAGAGCAGAAUGACUCAACGACAGCAGCAGGAGGAGGAGGAGGAGGAGGAAACACAAGAACGGCUGCACAGCAACAAUCUCAGACAGACCCCCCUGGCAUCACACUCAGUGACAAGUCUACAACCUAUUUGCUAGCGGCGCAGUUGGCACUGUGCCAAUUCCCCUACCAACUGAUACCAGCUCUUGUUGGCUGGACGUUGGGAAGUGCCUGGAUAGGCGAAUUACUACCCGGCGGACUGAGUCGAUGGAGAGUCCCUGCCUGGGUGGUGGGUGAAUCACCUAAGAGUAAGGAGCGAGGACAAUACGAAGGGUUGAGACGCAGACUUGAGGAGGAAGGCAGUUCGGCCGACGGAAUGAGAAAUGUGAGUGAUCGAGUCGCAGAGAGACAAGAUACGGCUAGACGGGGGUUUGGGAGGCAGAUUGCCAGUUACUUUACGGGGUCAUGAGACUAAGAAGGGAUGAGUUGAAUUUGAUGACGGGGACAUGGGCAAUGGCAUAUGGUCCUGAAGUUGGUCUCGUCAUUCGCGGGCGUGCAUGCUUGCGAGGGGUCAUGGUGACGGGAUGGUCUAUGGUAGACGUAGACUCAUGGGAGAUCUAGAUAAAUGUCACGAAUGACAGUCUCGGAAAAGAA